ACAGCUACAGCUAUGUACGUACAAACGCAAAUUUGACCGGAAAGGUCUGGCGUUCGAGCACACAGGAAGUUUGAUCUCGAGCCGUUUGUGAGACAAAAAUAUUUUGAUCUCAGAUGGCUGAUCGAUGGUUGAACGUAAAAUCUAUUAGACCAAAAGCGGCGGAAAGGUUAUUUUGUUUUCCCUGGAGCGGCGGAGGAUCGAACGUCUACGCGACGAAAUGGACUGCCCACUUUCCUCCGUCACUUGAAGUGUGUGGAGUAAGACUUCCUGGGCGAGAGACAAGGCAGUCAGAAAGAUGUUACACGGACAUAAACAAGUUGAUAGAGGACUUCUGUCGCUGUGUUCAGGAUCGAUUGAGAGAGAAACCGUUCGCAUUUUGGGGACACAGUAUGGGUGCACUGCUUGCUUUCGAAAUUGCGAAGUACCUUGAGUCUGAAUACCACAUUAAUCCUACUCAUCUUUUUGUAUCAGGUUCAUAUCAUCCUACGCUGUCCAGUUCACCAUCAUAUCUUUCUGACCUGUCUGAUGUAAGGUUUCUUGAAGCUAUUAAGAAAAUGGGUGGAAUUCCAGAGGCAGUUUUGAAUGACGAGGGCAUGAUGCGCUUUUUCUUGCCUUUGUUUCGAGCAGACUUUGCUCUUAUUGACAAUUAUCGGAAAUCACUGUUGGGUGUUGAUCCUUUUCAAGUUUCAAAAGUAACAUGUCCAAUCACCGCUUUCAAUGGAGACAAAGAUGUACGCCAAGAGAGAAUGCAGGGCUGGGAGACAUUUACUAAAUCUACCUUUACUCUGCAUGGAUUGCGUGGUGGUCAUUUCUACUUGCUGGAUAAAGACAAUGAAAAGACAAUAGCUAAAGAGAUUUCAAAAGUCCUAUGCGAAGAUGCUUCUUCAAGUCUUUGAAGACACAGGUGUCAUUUUGUUGUUAGGUUAGACUGGUGACUUGAUUAAAGCACAUUAGAGAAUUGUCAUAAUGAAAUAUUGAGACGUACAUGUGUUAAUUG